GUUUUAUAAACUCUUAUCAAUCCCGACCUAAGAUGUUCUCUGUAUGUUCCAUAGUUGGAUGGUGAGGGCAUAUUUAAAUAGAAGGCUUUCGAUUUUACCAUUUUAUUUAUUUCCAUUAUCAUCUCUUUCCUUAUACUUCUCCUUAACUCAUGUAAACAUCCCGUCGUGUGACGAGAAAAUAUAUCAACUGCCUUUCCACUGUUAAGGCGACUGCAUAAUGUUACAGAAUGCCUUCAAUCGUGCAAACAGACGACCUAUUUUUUUAAAUGUACAAUUACAGUCUAACGGAAUCAUGGACUACCCAUUUGCUGGACGGAUUAUGCUAUCAGUCAGGAAACGAAAUGUCAGAAACAGAGCCAGAGAAUCACUGUUCAUUGAUGGAAGAUUGCCUAGAGAGCCCUCCGGGACACGAACACAGCCUUCCCACGACGGUACAAGUGGAAUCCAACCAACUGAAGACCCUCUCAUAAACACAAUUCACUUCAACGAUGGAGAAUCACAACCUCAUAUUUUUAACACUCCAGCACAGCAUGCCCAGGAUAAUAUUGACAGCUUCCAAUCUUCAAACACAACUAUCACACCAUUUCCUUCACUUCAACUACCCAUUCCACACAGAGAGAAUCAUUAUCAAAUAACAGAGAAUGAAUCAAACGCAUACUACUCGACAAUGGGGUCAGGCGUUAGUAAUGGAAAUAGCACAAUGCAGAUAGAUGCAAACAUAGGCAGGGAUGAAAAUACAUAUGAACCAGAAAAUAGUCAAGAGAAUAUUCAUGAUCAAAAACAAACAAGUGAUUACAGGACAGAAAUAAGGUCCAUGUCCAAUCGCCCUUUACCACAUAGACCAAUUUCUUAUGGCGUUAAUGAAGGCCCCUCUCUUCCCCCACGAAGAAAUCUUGAAACUCGCCCUUCAAACACCGGACAAAAUACAUUUACACGGUUCGAUGAUAAAUGUCUUCAAGUAUGUGCACUUGACUACACCACAUUACCAUACGACGAUCCAUCAGGCCUGUCAGUCACUUCAAAGAGACACGCAUUACAAUAUAAUACUUCAUCGCAUGAUAAAGAUCAAACACCGGGAAAGGGCACUAGAGCUCAGAAGGGUGGUGAUGACUACCCCUGCACUGGCGCAACUUCUAGAGCAAGUGACAAUCAUGGAUAUUAUUCUGUAGAUGAUUUAGACGAUGAAGGGGGAUUUAACGGGAAGAGCAUUCAGCCGCAGUUUUCUAAACCAGACCCAUUUUACCAUUGCUUAGAAGAUGAUCAACAGAUGGGUAGGGACAGGGAAGAUUUGCUGAAAAGUGAAAGCGACAACGGAGAUUUCAGUCACACUGAUAUGAUGGUUGAAAACAUACUGUACCAUCCACUGAAUACAUAAACCAGUCAUGUUAGUAGACAAACAAUUUAUACCUCCUGAAUGAAAUUCAACAUACAUGACUGAGGCAAGAGGUACAGUGUAUAUUAUUUUGUUCUAAAGGAAAUUCUUCAACCCUAGCUGCACGAUGUUCAUACAGUCAGGAAAUGCACAAAAAGCACUAGCAAGUAUAGCCAGAAUUUUUUUUUUGUAUUCCUCACCUUAGCGUGGGAAAUUUUGAAGAGGCAUAUUAGCGAUAUAAUCCUAUCACAAAUAUAAUUUAUACAUGUACAUUAAAAAUGUAUUUACAAAUUUCAGUUAAUAGUUUCAAAUUCAUAUUGUUUGUUCUUUACCUUUUUUAUGUUGUCAUUUGCAAAGUUGGAUUUGCGUUUUCCCUAUUCUUUUAACAUAUAGUAGCGAUCUGAAUACUUAGUAAAAUAAAGUCACUUAUUAUUGCAACAUGCCACGUAUCAGAUGUUGGCAUAAAGUGUGAAUUUCGAAGAAAAAAUAUCAUCCGAAAUUAAAUAUGUAUGUAUUUUUAAUGCAUUUGUGUAAAGCAAUUUACAAGAAGGGACUACAACGGAUGCAUUUUUAAAGAAAGUUGAACACAUUUUAUGUCGUUCAAACCAUAAUAGUUUCGUUCUUCAAAUCAGUACUUGAAAGUACCAUCGCGUUUUGAUUGUUUAGUUUGAUACACAAGUUGUCGUAUAAAAGGAGACCUCACUAUGUUGAAUACAAUAAUCAGACAGGCCGAAAAGAUAAUAGGUCAAUAAUAAAAUUGUAUAUACACGUCUAUAUAGGAUAGUAGAAAAAGCUAAAUACAUCCUAAAGAAUAAUCAGCACCCCUGUAAUGAAAACUAUAUAACAAUCUGGUCAAGUAACAAGAUGAGAUCAGCAUAUCGUCGAACAAAUCGGCUCUUAAACUCAUUUGUAGCUAGCUCCAGACGGAUGUUAAACGAGGAAGGUAUGUAUAGGGCAAUGACGAGGUCGUUAUCUUAUUGCACAUUGUACAUAGAUGUUUCAAAGUAUAAAGGAGGGGGAGCUAGUCUGUUGGUUCAUUGUUUGGUGUUGCGAUUUUUUUUUAGCAGGCUGGCAUUAUGAGAUUGAUGGAGGGAUGGGGUAGGGGUUUCCAAGGACAGGUGGUUCUGGUGUUCACCUUUACAACCUCAAUGAAAAUAUAUUAUUGUAACCGAUGGAUCUGAUAAAAACUUGAUGUUGAAUGUGGUUAAUAAUGAUGACGAUAAUAAUAAGAAUUGUUGUACAUAAUGAUAUUUACAAUAAUAAUAAUAACAAAAAACAAUGAUAUGAAUUAUACACAUACAAUGCAUUACUGAAAUCUGUAAGUAUUUUAUUGUCGUUCCCCCUUCCCUUUAUGUACAUUGUGUUUGAUGCAUGACUAUAUCUAUGAUUGAUUGUUUGUUUUUUGUGUGUUUUUUUGUUGACUCAAAAUUAUUUAAUUAAAUUUGUCUGUAAGUAUGAAUGUAUACGUUUUUAUGUGUAUCCAUGUAUCAUGUUCAUACCACGAAUUACUUUUGAUAAAUAGACAAUAAAUAUGAACCUUAUGAAACGUAUGAACAUUAUUCAUCGAGAAAUACCGUUG